AUGGAAAUAUUUAAACACACACCAAACUGGGCCUCGGUAGAAAGACGACUGCGCAUGAACAACAUGAAGAGUUCAGAAGAUGCCUCGCAGGUGCUGCCUCUGAACAGCGACAAGUUUUUCUAUAAGGAGGAAAAGAAAAACCGAGCCACCGAAGAUGCUCUGUGCUCUAUAUGCAAGAAGGCGCAGCACCUUCCCUCUGUGUGUCCGGAAAAGCAGACUGCUCCCGCAGGAAAGCCAGAGACUUCGGGCAUCUACAUUCCCUCUUUCCAGUUUACGCCUACAACUGUGCGGCUGACAAACGUCCCCACAGACAUUCCCAAGGACCAAGUGCGAGAGCACAUCCGAGAGCGCAUGCUCACAAACAAUGUACAGUACGACAUACUGUCGCUUCUCACCGACAAACAAUACAGAGAGGAGUUCAAGGGAAUUGUCUAUAUAGAGCUUCCUACCGCGGAAAUUGCAGAAAGGUGCCUGGCGCUUUUUGACGGGAUGAAAAUGGGCGUGCAAAUCAUCAGCGCAGUCACCGUGGAGAGCAGGCGGGAUAGAUCGUGA